AUGAACAACAACAACUACAAUCAGACCAACAACAACAAUGGUACCUCUCUUCCUCCUUGUCCUGAUUGGGUUUUAGCUUUGCCUCAGGUUCCUCAUGUCGCAAACGUCACAUCGACUUGUCCAGACGUAAUAUCAGUGCCUAUUCUACCGGCUCUCUUUCUGUGUUUUUACCUCGUUAUUCUGGUUCUGAGUAUUUUGGGUCUUGCUUGGAAGCGAAAGAAUGGUUUUAUUGUGUUUAGAACCAUGUCGGGUAUGGUUGUCACUAUUAUCUUUAGCGUUUGUAUUGAGUUGUUGUUGGCUUUCCGAUACAUUCUAGGAAGAGAGUUAUAUCCGUGUUUAUUACUGAGUAUCAUUUUCUUUACCAUGCCCACUUGUGUCGCGAUGCCAUCCAUUCUUCGUUCGUUGAGGCUCUAUGUUCAAUAUAAGGUCAACUUGUAUAAGGCGAAUCGGUUUCAGGAAUUACCAGCUAUGGAUGAUCUAACAGAUUGCCCUUCUCCAGUCGCUUCUGAGUUACCUGGAUACAACAAUUCUCAUUCAAACAAGGUCUCUUCUGUUUCAUCACCCAGCAAUACUCCAAGAAAUAUAGAUCCAACAUCUCCAACAACGCCCAAAUUUCAUGAUACAGAGUUCGAGAAGGAAUCCAUACCCUCCUCACCCAGCUCAGUCAUCAAUUUCCCUUCAGUAGGAACAUCCACUCAGGGCUAUCCACUCGAAAUCAACAGCAACGUGAGAGAUUAUUUUUCCAAUUACAAACUUCAUACUGUUUCCGAGAAACUCUUCUUCAAAGCACAUUCUCUAUUGUCGAGUCAUCUCUUUCUCAUUUCAUUAUUGUUUGGAUUAUUUUCCUUUCAUAUCGUUCAGUGGUUUGUGGUUGCAGUGAUUGAGGAUGCGUUCUAUGCAGACAGGCGAUUUUUAAUGGUUGAUCGGAGCAUGCUUUCUCUGAGAGGUUGCUAUGGAACCACUGUUCCUGCAAUCAUUUCGGUACUGAUAUAUGUUGGCUAUUUAAUGGUUGAAAUUGUAUGCACCGUAUUGUUGUUUCGAACCGAUAGAGACACAUGGUUCAUUAGAGGAGAAACCAUACUCUUGCUAGCAAGUCAAUUGUUUUUCAUUGGUAUUUAUGUCAUAAUUACCUUAAUACCGUUCAUGAAGAAUGUUAUGGAGCAUGUCAUUCCCCAAGGCUUAGUCAUUAUGGCAUUGGCUUCCGUAGAGUUAUUUGUCUCUAUAUUUUGUCCUGUGAUGUAUGCUAUCAUGAAGGAUUCCAAAUCAACCAUGAACCUGUAUGAAUCUGAGCUUGAAAUGAUUCUCAAUAAUAAGGAAACCUUUGAAUUGUUAUUAGAUUUUGCUCGAAGAAGCUUUUGUACGGAAGGAAUUUUAGUUUAUAAGGAAAUCGAACAGUACAAAAAGUCAAGAAACAAAAAACGAAAGAAGAAGGCCCUCGAUAUUGUGCAUUGUUACAUUACGGAAGGAAGUCCCUAUCAAUUGAAUGUACCUAACAUUGACAUCAUGAGGGAGGAAAUUCUUUUUAAAAUUCACACCUUGGAAAGAGAUAAUUUACCUCCUUCAUUGUUUGAUUCAUUACAAGUGAUGGCCAUGGUCGAUCUGUUGGAUGUUUAUACGAGAUUGAAACGAUCCAAUGCUCGAGUACGUCAAAUCGUAGAAGAAUGGAAGUUAGCAACCUCCAAUCAACCUCCCCUUAACUAA